AUGAGACUGCUUAAGUAUCCAUUGGAUAUUAAUGACGAGAAAGUGAACACCCUCGCUGCCCUUGGCCCCUAUAUUAUACUAGCUGGCAGCGAUGGUCACGUGAUGGCGUGGAAGCAACAGCAAUUAGUCGAUACCGCCUUUGAUAAAGCCAUGAUCAAGGACUUGAAGCCUGAACUUUCAUUUCAAGUUGAUCAGGACUCUGGCGGUGAUAUAUUUUUUUUAACAGGGGACCUCGAAGCAUUGUGUAUUGGGUCUGAACAUCGUGUGUGGAGUUAUUCUGGUUGGUUCAAUAAAGACACGACUAGUAUUAAUUCCUUAGAACAAAUGAAGAAGAAACUAAUGUUCGAAUGUAAAUCUCCAAGCACCAUAACAGAUGUGAAAUACGACAUACAUCUGGGCAUCAUAUUUGUUCUUUUAAGUAAUGAAAACAAGGUACUGCUAUUCCACCAUAAAAGCUCGGAAAAGCUAUCGGAAAUAUCUAUGGACAAGGCGAGCAAACCUAUUACGGGAAUAAUAGAUCCAACCGGUCAGACCUUUACCAUUUUGACUGCCGAUAGAUCAAUUUUGGUCUAUCAAGUUAACAAAACAGGUACACACAAGCUUAUAAAUAAACUGACACAACAUGUACAGAUGUAUCCAUUGCAUUACAAAAUUUCAAUGUCACCUCAGGCAGAUAUUUUACCGGUAAUAAACUCAGUCAAAGGCGUACCAAAUAACGCCACCAGUUGCACUACUUUGCUAGACAGAAAUAACAACUAUAAAGUUAUGAAGACUUUGGUGACACCCUCUUCAAAUGGUUGCAAAGUUCUCGUCUAUUCACCAGCAUAUUAUGAGAAGCCCAACAUUAAAAAGGCCACGAGUACACGUUACAACCUAAUCGCUACUUCCGGCUCAACGGACGGUACCGUUUUAGUCUGGAACACGAAGAGAAURAAACCUUUGUUUAAUGCAUUACAGGUUUCAUCAACAGCAAUAAACGAUAUGUCCUGGUCACAAGAUGGGUUAACUUUGUUUGCCAUUUCAAACGAUACAACGCUAUACACAUUUGCAUUUCAAGAGAAGGAUUUGGGUGUGGCGUUACCGCUAGCAGAAAUAAAAACAUUGCAGGAAUUAAAUAAAAAGCUGCCAAAGCUCGAGGAACCAGUUCCAACACAAACACCCAAGGAUUUCCCUGAAAAUGUCAAACUCGAAGCAUCUUCAAGUAUAACGUCUAUACCCAACGACACGAGUAGACCAAUAACGGGGAAGAAACUGUCUAAAAAAAAGCUACCUUCAGGUCAAACUAAUGGUAUUAAGACUACUCAGAGUACCUCAAUGGAAUUUAACGCGCCUUCUUAUACUGUGCCCAAGGACCUAAAAAGAAAACCAAAAGAAGCGACUCCGAAUGACGCUACAAACAAUGUUCCUAGUAGCAAGAAACAAAAAAAAGAAUUGCAACCCAUUGACUUUUUGGAUACAGGCCUUAUGCUUCCCAAUACUUCUUUUUCGAGGAUUAGACUCGCAACACCGAAAAUCAGAUCUACGUUUAAAUAUUCUCCAAUUAAUAACCCAAACUUAAUUCUUGAGGUAAAAAAUGGGUCUGGCAACGAACAAAAGCCAACGAUAGUGAGGCUUACUUCAAAAGUACUUGACCAGGAUCAAGUAUUGUUCCAAGAUUUUAUACCAAAGCUCGUAACAAUUUGUACGGCAGGUGAUACUUUUUGGUCAUUCUGUAGCGAAGACGGAAUUAUUUACAUAUACUCUGAUUCGGGUAGAAAGCUAAUGGCACCCUUAAUACUAGGUGUUGGCAUUAGUUUCCUAGAAGCAUGUGGGACGUACCUACUUUGUUUAACGAGCAUAGGGGAGCUUUAUUGUUGGAACAUAGAACAGAAAAAGCUGGCAUUCCCUACGAAUACCAUCUACCCGUUAUUAAAUCCUACAUUGCGUUACUCUGAUGACAUAUUGACUAGAGCUGAAAACAUAACGAUGUGCUCCAUCACGAAAAAGGGUGUCCCGUUGGUCACCCUGAGUAAUGGUGAUGGUUACUUGUUCGAUAAGGACAUGGAAACAUGGCUUCUGGUAAGUGACGGAUGGUGGGCUUAUGGUUCCCAAUAUUGGGAUACAACAAAUACUACUGGCUUGUCUUCUAGUAAAGCGAAUACGGACGCUUUUAGUAGUAAUGAAGCUAACAUAAAUGAAAUGGUUAGUGAUAUUAAAAAUGAUAACCAAAGCAUUAUCAACUUUAUGGAACGUAAGACGAACGAUGAACUUAAUAGAAAGAGCAGGAUUAAGAAUUUACAAAGAUUUGCUAGGACGAUAUUGAUGAAGGAAGGGUUUGAGAAUAUGGAGGAGAUUGUUACUUUGUCACAUUUGGAAAACAAAAUACUAACAGCUAUUAAGUUGGAGGAAUCUGAAGAAUUUUCCAAGUUAGUGAUGGUUUAUUGCAUUCGUCUUAGCGAACUGGGAUAUAUGGACCGCCUAGAUGAUGUUUUCCAAUGGUUAUAUAACGAUGUGUCUGUCAGUCAUACAGACACAAGAUUUGCCGAAGUAAAUUUCAGGAGGGACCUCUUAAGGAAAAUACUAAUUGCGUGCGGUGGUAUUAGACAGGUUCAAAGAGUCACCACACGCUACGCCAAGGAAAUGAAUAUAAUAUCUUAA